AUGGAAAUUCUACAGAAGAACGAGGCUUUCAAAGAAAUCGACGGCAAAAUGAAGUUCUCUUACGUUCAGAUCUUUGUCUGGCAAGAUGGCAUAUUGUAUUCUGGAAAGUGGACGCAUCGAUCAGAUAUGCCGAAGUCACUAGAGAAUCUUCAGGAAGUCAGUCAAAUUCUAACCGAGGAUAGGGGUCCAGAGGUGAGCAAGACUUGGUCAGCAGUCUAUAUCAAAACACCAAGACACCUGGCCUACGUCGAUGAAAAUUUCGAAAAGCAAAUGACUCGCGAAACUGAAACAUGCGAAAUCCUUCGCAAGAACCCCCAUCCAAACAUUGCAACCUAUUAUGGCUACAAGGCGACUCACGGUCGAGUCUCUGGGCUAUGUUUCAAGCGAUAUACGUCCACGCUGCUUGAAGCGGUGAAUCCUCAACGCCUUGGCAAGUUCGCUUUUCUUUCGAGUGCGCGGGACCUAGUGGAAGAGAAUAUCAAAAAAAACUUGAAGGAACUUUGGCCGCUAUAA